UCUAUACGACGAAGCUGUGCCGGCGUCCUUCUAUAAAGCCAUCAUGAAUGCAACUAGCGGUGCCAUUUGCGUACUCAGCCUGAUCGCCUCCACAGCCAUGGCGGUAACGCUGACUCCGAAAAUCCCCAGCGUUGACGCAAUAUUCAAGGGGCAGACAAACUCUGCUGCGGAUGAAGCAUUUCAGAUAGGGGAGAUCCUCCUCAGUGUGGCACGCAAGUUGGACGGAGACAAUCAACUUGCCGUUGAGACCGAAGAGUACCUUGCAAGUGUUUUGUGGGAAAGAAUCAAGUCGGCGGUGUCAAAUGCCCCAACAACGGUCAAGGAAGCCGUGGUGGGUGCAUACCAUGAAGCCUCUAACCACAUCUCAAAUGCUGCUAGCGACGUUAAACAAAAAUUGAAACGAAAAACUGCCGAGAUCCUCGCCGACCUAAUAGUCAAGGCCAUUAUGGGCUACGCCUCAGAAGACUCCGACAGUAGGAUCGAUCUUGUGAAGAACCUGAGCCGUGACAUUGAGCGUGUCGGGCAGCGGCUCAUACAACAAAGCAGGGUAUUGCACAACCCUGAGAUCUAAUCAAAUAAGGUAUCGGAUUGAAACGGCUGGAUUAAAUGAAGUGAUUUUUCUGGUCUA